AUGGAGCGCCCAGCCAAGCUGCAGAAGCUUGACAACCUGCGGCGGAAGGUUCCACACGUGAGCAAAUCUGCUUUGAGCGCCAUCUUGGCGGAAGUGGCGGAGGAGGGCGUGCCCGAGUUGCGGCAAGCGCAUCAUAUGCGGGAAGCAACGCGGCAGGUGUUGGAGCAGAGCAGCCUAUAUGGGCCCUUGCUGGACAGGUGCUGCUUUGUCAGCAAGAAAGGGCUCCAGCAGCCGGGAGCGCUGAUGGUCAACGUGGCCUCCUUGGUCGCUGCUGCCUUCGGGCAGGGUGGGAGCUUCACACAGCUUGUCAAAACGACGUAUGCCCGAGUGCCUUGCUCCAUGGAGCGCCCAUGGCAGUUCGUGUUGUACACGGACGAGGUGAGCCCUGGCAACGUGCUGGCUAAUCGCCAGAGUCGCAAAAUCUGGGUCGCUUACUGCAGUUUCGUGGAGUUCGGUGUGCAUUUGACCCAGGAGCCCGCGUGGCUGGUAGCGGGCGUUUUCCGCAGCGACUUUGUGCAGGGGCUGAGUGCCGGCAUCGGGCAGGUGGUGCGAGUCAUGCUGGAGCGCAUCUUUUGCGAAAAAAUCUCGCCACAGACCGGUCUCGUGGUGAAGGACCCGGAGGGCGAGCCUUUGCGGCUGUUUUUCCGCAUGGGCAUGUUCUUGCAGGAUGGCGCCGCCCAGAAAUUUGUUUUUGGGAUUAAAGGCGAUGCUGGGAGCAGGUUUUGCAUGCUGUGCAAGAAUGCGUGUGCUUUCAACAGCAGCAGAGACAUCCAUGGAGAAGAGGAUGACGAAGUCUUCUCGGGCGUGUGCGACUUGCUGCGCAGGAGCGACCUGGCGCUGUGCUCCGACGCGGAGGUCUUCGAGAGCGUGGACCGCUUGAAGAAGCGAGCCGACGAAGGCUGUUCCAAACAGGACAUGGCGCGCUGGCAGCAGGCCACUGGCUUCAAUCUGGAGCCGCAUGGCUUGCUUCUGGCGCCGAAACUGCGCAGCGUCUUGCGUCCGGUGUCGCAGUACUGCCAUGACUGGAUGCACGCCACGUGCGCAAACGGGACGCUGACGCUUGUGCUUUUUUUGGUGCUGCAGACCAUGCAGCAGGCGAAGGUGCCGGCGUGGCAGAUGCUGCUCUUCCGGUCCGACUAUGUGGGGCAGUGGACAUUGCCGCGGGCGACCUCCAUGCCGCACUUGAGCGAACUGUUUCAAAAAAAGAAAAUGGAGGGCUCCAUUGCAGCCAAGAAGUUCAAGUGCACGGCGAGCGAAGCCUUGGCGCUAUAUCCCAUCGUGCGCAGAUGGCUGCGAACCGGUCCCAUGCAGCGUGGGCAGUGCAUGCCGGCUUGCGAGGCUUUUUUGCUCAUGGCCGAGGUCGUGGACAUGCUGCAUGGUGCGCAGAGGACGCAGCCCAUCUCGCGAGUGCAACUGCUGCAUGCUGUGGAGCAAGCGCUCGUGGGCUGUGUGCAAGCCGGUUGGGAGCACAACAUGAUCAAGAAGUUUCAUUGGUUGCUGCACAUGCCGGACACCCUGGAGCGCUUCGGGCAAUUGCCGGCCUGUUGGACGCUGGAGCGCAAGCACCGCAUGGUCAGUCGCUAUGCCUCCACAGUGCGGAACACGCAGAAAUACGAGCAGUCCUUGCUGGAAGAGACCUUGGCGCACGACCUUGCGGUCUUGCGGGCGCCAGGCUUGUUCGCGCAGCACUGCGAUCUCUUGGAAGAGCAUGACUGCUCCAAGAAGCUUCUGGAGCACCUGGCUGCUGAAGGGCUUGCGUGCGAGGGUGCUACCUGCAGCGGUCGCGCGCGCCUUGCUAGUGGGCAGGUGGCUUGCUUGAGGGAUGUGGUGUUGAGCACAACUGGUGCUGCUGGCCAGGUGCAUGCGUUUUGCAGACUUGGGGGGCAAGCUUUCUGCCUGUUGGAGCUGUACGAGCUGAAGGAGCACCAAGCACAGCUUGAGAGUGCACAUUGGACACCCCUGGGCCAAGGUUUGCUGCAGCCGUUGAGCGAAAUCCGCUGUUGUCUCACCUACGCUCGCAGAAAUGCGAUUGUGACUGCACUGCUGCCGCGAAGCUGA